GCGAUUUCAGGUGCAGAUCAUGCUUCAUCUGCAUUGUGGCAGAGGAACAUUCCAACGCUAGCAGUGCGCGUGUAUCUGACCUCAUUGUGAAAAGUAGAAAUAGUGGUUGGCUUCUCUUCACUUUCGACACUUAACUAUCUCAAUUGCUCAGCAUCAGAGUAUCCUACAUCGAGGAUCACAUGAACGCCACAUCAACGCAGUCGGACACUCAGCAUUCUACUUCAGUUUCGCCCAAUAUGGAUACCUCUGACAAGCCCACAAUCACCUUCUACGACAUCAUUCUCGACCCGAAAGCCUACCCAAUGGCGCCGAACCCGUGGAAGACGCGCUUCGCUCUCAACUUCGCCAAAGUCCCCUACCACACAACCUGGGUCCCCCUCAACGCCGUCGCCAAGACGCGCAACUCGCUCCAGCUCCCCGCCAACCGCAAACACGACGACGGCAGCGACUUCCCCACCCUACCCAUCAUCCGUGACCCCCUGGCCUCUUCCUCCAGCUCAGGAGAGAAGAAAGAGGAGAUCGUGGGCGACUCAUUUGAUAUCGCGCUGCACUUACAGAGAACCUACCUCGCCAACAAGAAAGACCAACUCUUCCAGGACGGUCAUAACGGCAGCAGUACGCUAGCCCUACACCGCGUCUUCAACGCCUUCGUAGACCAAGUCUUCAGCCAGUACGGCGCCCCGCUCGGCGGCUUCUACAUGCCCCUCGACCCGCGCACCGCCGAGGCCGACAGGCAGUCGUUCCUGGACCGGUUCCCGGGCAAGAAAUGGGAGGACCUCGAGAUCCCACCCGGUUCGGACGUCAGGAAGACGAUGCUGGCGGAUUUCGAGACGAACUUGGAGGCGAAGCUCGGCCCCUGUUUUCCUGCUGGGGGAGCAGGUCCCUUUAUGGACGGGCGCGAGAGCCCCGUGUACGCGGACUUUAUCGUCGGCGGCUGGUUGCAGUUCAUGAGGGGGUGUUUGCCUGAGUGGGAGGCGUUGAGGAAUGAGUGGUCUGGUGGGAAGUGGGGGAGGCUGUUUGAUGCGCUUCAGGAGUGGACAGACGUGGAUGGGCGAGAGGGCGUCGUCCCAGCGAAGCGAUGAAGAGACAGGUCUGUCGUAGGCCAUGGUCUUCUCGGCAGGUGUUCGUGAUGCAUUUCUAGGAACACGGUGUUCGUGAUGGUGGGGACAGAAUUGGCUCCAAAAGGUACGCGGCUUUGAUGAUGUUAAUAUUUACUUGCUUCCAAUAUUGUCCUUGCCAUGAAUAAUUCGUGGUACGUCCAAAGACCACUCCAUCUUUUAUCAAC